AAUUAAAUGGGGCCAUAUCUAAGCUAACCAAAAAAAGAUAAAACAACAACAACAGGAUAAGGAAAGUCUGUGAUAUUUGCUGCCUCAGAAAUGCAAGGUAUGGAAUUGAUGACUCAAUUUAGGCUGGAGAAACACUAUGGAGGAUGCUCAUAUUCAUAAACCUGAUGUUAUACAAGACAUCUCUAUUUUUGGUGUGUUUGAUGGCCAUGGAGGUAGAGAAGUUGCCUUAUUUGUGGAAAAGCACUUCAUUGAUGAAUUACUUAAAAAUAAAAAUUUUAAGGAUCAAAAAUUUGAAGAGGCUCUCAAAGAAACCUUUUUAAAGAUGGACGAAUUGUUAUUGACUCCAGAAGGAUAGAAAGAAUUAAAUUAAUACAAAGCAACUGAUAGCGAUGGUAAUUUUUUCAUUCGAUUUUAGAAUCUUAUGCUGGAUGCACAGCCAAUGUAGCCUUGAUUCAUAAGAAUACUCUGUAUGUUGCCAAUGCUGGUGAUUCAAGAACAGUUUUAUGCAGAAAUAAUAUUAAUUAUGACAUGAGUGUUGAUCACAAACCGGAUAAUCCUGAGGAGAAAUCCAGAAUUGAGAGAGCAGGCGGUUUCGUUAGUGAUGGUCGAGUUAAUGGUAUUUAUUUAUUACAAUAUAAAUCUAGGUAACCUCAAUUUAUCAAGAGCCUUGGGUGAUUUAGAAUAUAAACGUGAUAGCAAGUUAAGAGUUAAUGAAUAAUUGAUUAUUGCUAUUCCAGACGUCAAGAAAGUCGAACUAGGACCAUAAGACAAGUAGUCAAUACUCUUAAACUUAGAUUUAUCCUGAUGGGUUGUGAUGGUGUAUUCGAAACUUUGAAUCAUACAGAAUUAUUAAAAUAAGUUAAUUCCACUUUGGGCUAAGCAUAAGUGACUGAGGAAUUAUUGAGAAGGGCUGCUGAAGAUUUGUUAGAUUAAUUAUUAGCCCCAGAUACAAGUUAAGGAACAGGUUGUGACAAUAUGACUACCAUCCUAGUCUAUUUGAAAAAAUGAAAUAAAUUAUAAAAGCAAAGUUUAUUUGGUAUUAUCC